ACAACUUCAGUUCAGUGCGCUGACAAUCGUCAAGUGUGUGAGACGUGUGACGUGACGAGUAUUUAACAAAAAAAUUAUAAAAAAGACCGUUGACAAACGGUUGGACUACAAGUUAGUAGACUCUAGGCAGCGAUAGAAAGUACACAUUAGUGUUUGAACGAUAAAAUGUGCUAGUGUUUAAAUUAGUUUACAUUCGUGGUGUCGAUCGGUUAAACCCUAACUUUAAACAUAGUUAUGAUUUCGUAAUUACAACAUGGAGGACGUUUAUACUAUAAAAGUGAAAACAAAGCCCGACACGCGGAAUUUAUAUCCCUCCGAGCGGAGGUAUUCGGCGUCGACGGUGUCUGGCUUAGCCUGGGUCCACAUCGCACUUGCCGCUACAUCGUUCCUACUCGCCUGUUUAGCCUUAGUUAACCCAAAUGCCGACAUCGAAACGAAUUCAAAUCACACUGCUAAGAACACAUCUUUGUUCGACGGGGAUCCUGUUCUUGACUACAAUGUAACGGACACUGAGACGACAAAAAAUGAAAACAGUUAUAUGUUAGUUUUAGCGCCGUCUCUGCUUACCGUUUUCGCGUUGGCGGCGGGAGUGGCAGCUAUCAUGGCCUCUGUGAGAUGGUACGUAGACCACAACAUCACCUGGCUCUUCGUUAUGUCUGUACUGUCAACUUUAUUCGCUUUAAUAGCCUUCGUAAUGAUUGCCGUGUGGUUUAUAACCACAUCGGAGGAGGAUAUAUCGGAAUUUUACAAAGAUAAAGUGCCGUUUAAAGACUUCAUCGUGGUGAAGCACACAGAUGUUAUAGAUAGGAACGAGUCUCAUAUUAUCAUAGCUAACAACGUGUCAACAGCUAAAGAGGAAGAUUCUCAUUUGUUUACAAAACGUGUUCUAUCUAUAAACAUACUAAUCGCGGCAUUCCUCGAACUGCUUUGGUCUAUUCUAAGCGUAAAGAUAUCUUACAAGGGUAUGAGGAAUAAUUACAAAGAGGAUGAUAACGAAAGAAGAGGCAAUUGCAUUUCUGUAGUUACGACUAUUAAAGGUAAUAAUACUAAUAAAAUACCGCGGAACGGCAAGCUCUUGCCGCCAAAACCGGAUUUGAUAGAACAUUACCCGAGUAAAAAAAUUAAAAGAAUCUUUUUGGCUCAAAGCGAUAACGGUUUCUAUUUGAAGAAUCAAAAUAACAAAACGAAACAGAACACAGAGACCAGUUCUGAGUUUUAUAAGGAGAGAAUGUUGAACUUUUUGAACCGCUGCGCGUCGUUGGAAGGAAUUUCGAACUCGGAUAUGCGAACUCCUAGCGUGCAGUCCGAGGCUGUACUGAAUCCUAUCCCAGAGGUCGCCAGCAUCGAUAUAAAUGUUCAAGAAACGAUACAGCCGGAGGCUAAAGAUAGAAUGACGCCGGUUAGUUGGGGCGAUACUCCCGAUCAUACCGUUUACAAUCAGAAUACGAUAAAUUUUGAGAAGAUAUUCAAUUUUGCAGGAAAGAAAAAAGAUUCUACAGCUGAUGAGGGGGACAAACAAUUGACUGAAGAAAUAAGUGAAAAUACUCAGAAUAAUUAAUAAAGCGUGAAAUGGAGUUCUGAUCAUUGCGCUGGACGAUGUUUGUGUAGAAAGUGGUCUACGUAAUUAGGAACCUCCCGUUGAGGUCCAAUGUUCGUGGUAACUUAUAACUUAUUUUUAGUUGUUAAUAAAGACUGUGAAUACCUUAUGCUAAUAUAAUUUUAAUGGUUUUACUAGUUUUUAUAGUUUUUUUAUGUUAUGUAAAGACAAAUGUGAUUUAUACUACACUACGAAAAUGUUUAAUCCUGGGAUAAAAAUAAAGAUGGAUACUCUAUGCUGUUAGGAAUUUUAUAAAAAAUGUAAGAUGACUUCUAAAUAAUCUCAUAAAUGUUGAUCAUUUUUUAUUCCUAUAAUUUUCUAUGAAUUUUGUACUUGAAUACUGUUAAAAUAAAAACUCGAUUUAAAACUA